AUGUCCAAGCCCAAACUCAUAAUCAAACCUACUAUAACUAAAUCAAAUCUCCAAUUAAACCAAACUGCGUGUAUAAAAGCCAUUGAGUCUGCUCUUAAAGCACUUUUUAGCCCUGAACGACCUAGCAUUCGAGCGAUUACAUCAAGAUUUAGAAUUCUGUCGACAACUUUAAGGCAUGCAGUUAAGAAUAAUGGCUUACCCAACUAUCGUGGCCCUGCAACAAUCUUAAGCACUCAUGAAGAACAACAAUUAGUUGGUUAUUGUAAAAAUAUGCAAAAGUUAGGGUUUGGUCUUACAAGGUUAGGUGUUAAUUACUGCAUAAUGAACAUUGUAAAAAGUAACAACCAUAACCACCCUUUUAAAAAUAAUGGACCUGGUAAGGCCUGGUGGAAACGUUUCAUAAGAGAUUAUCCUGAUUUGUCUUUUCAUCCAUCUGAACUUCCAUUUUUCAAACUAAAAGCUGAAUACAGCAAGGCUUGCAAUAAGCUUCAUAGUGAGAGUGGAGAAUUAGUAACCAAACACACAUUCACCAAAAUGUUUGAUCAUCUUGCUCCCUCUAUAUAUACAGAACGAAUUGAUGUUUUAUCUUCAUCCCAACCAACUAAUCAAGAACUUCUUUCAAAUGCCACUGUUCAUUAUUCCUCUGUAUCAUCUCAAGCUGUCCAUUAUUCCUCUAUUUCAUCUUCUCAACAAAGUCAUUCUUUUACUCAAGCUAGUACUACAAUAGAGAAUGAACUUUUAAAAACAGGAAUAACUUUUCUAAAGAAUGAAAAUAAAAUAUUAAAAGAAAAACUUGAAACAUUUAAAAAUCCCAAUAUCUGCUCACUAAAACUAGCUCUUAAGUAUCCUAUUUCCUGA